CUGUAGGUUUCAGUCCAGUAGGACCUAACCACGUCAUUUACCCAGCAUGCAUUGCAUAGGUGAACAAAUGGCAACCUAAAUGGGUGAGAAAUAUAACAAAAGAUAUACAAUUUUUUAAGUAAAUGAGUUUUUAUGUAUCACAAACAGCAAUUUUUAAGUUUAUAGGAAAAUUGCAACAUAUUUAGGCCAAGAUCUUCAUCUAAUUGUGGACCCCUUCCAAGCUCUACUACAUGCAUUCUAAAAUGUUAAUGUAGAGGAAAACAGCAGGUUGAAAUGUAGCAAAACAUGUGGCAAUCAAAGUGAAACAUUGUGGGUCUACCUAACAGUUAGGUGACUUUGGUACAGCUCUGUUGAUUUAAGUCACCACCCCUCUCUCCUCAAACCAACACGGUCCCAUGUAGGGGUUUUCUCCAUCUGUAGGUGCCCUGGACUAUGCUGGGGUUCCCAUAGCAACAGCAGCCGCUGCAGCGGAAAGAGCAGGAAGUGUGUGCGCGUGUGUGUGUGUGUGUGUGUGACAGAAAGGAGCACGUUGGCGCUGAGAUGGGAGAAGAUGCAGAGACUACAGGAGCAACGGAUGAUAUGAGGCUUGUACAACGGCACACCUGUGGGGCAUAGAUAGAGCCGUGCUCGUGUGUACAUGCAUGCAUGACUCAGAAUACGUGUGUGGAUGUGUGCACGUGUGCGUGUGUGCGCAAUGGAGGGUCAUCUGUUUCACGUCUACAGCCACGUGUACACUCUCAACAAUCUGAACACGGAAAAUAUGACGGUGAUUUUGGUGCAGGUGAACCCAGGGGAGACGUUUACCAUCCGGGCGGAGGACGGCUCGCUGCAGUGCAUCCAGGGUCCUGCUGAGGUUCCCAUGAUGUCCCCAAAUGGAUCAAUCCCCCCAAUACAUGUACCCCCAGGUUACAUCUCACAGGUGCUGGAGGAUACCACAGGGGUUCGGCGAGUGGUGGUGACCCCUCAGUCUCCAGAGUGCUACCCUCCCUCCUAUUCUCCAGCUCUAUCCCCCACACAUCACCUGCCCCCAUACAUGGCUCACCCCCACUUCAUUCACAACUCUCACUCUUUCUAUCCCCCGGUCAGUCCGGGUGAGCUACCACCCCAUCAGUACUACCAGCACCACCUCCCCCCAAUGUACGGCGAUCCAGUAUCUUCCCUUCUUUCAGAAAUCAUCCCAGUUUAUGGGAUGUCAAACUACUUCAGCAGAGAAGAGACGUACAGUAAGCCACAGCCUAAAAAGUUAAAAGAUCUAGACCGACAGAACCGACUCAAUUCCCCUCCAUCAACUCUCUAUAAGGGCAGCCUUGGGUCAGCAAACAAUGGAUACAGUAACAAAUCGCACGCCCCAUCUCUUGGGUCAGUGGGGUCAGGGUGUGGAGCCAGCAGUCCAGGGGGCAAGAAGCCAGAAAGACGACCUCGCUGCAGUCCACGAAACAGUGAGCCAGAGACACAUACACAAGGUAAGAGGCCAGGCAGAGACACAAAGCAUUGAGGCAAACUACCACACUGAUGAAACCAAAUCUAGCAU